ACCAAACGACCGGCCACGGUCACACCGUUCACUACACAACUUGCUGCUACAAACGCGUUUUUUUUUUGUUGUACAAAUCUAAAAUACAAGAAUUAGGAUUAGUUAACAAGCUCCUAGUGUUUAACAAAGUACACCUUUAGUUAGCUUUACAGUUAGUUUCCCGUGGUAAGCGAAUGCGACGGCAAUUGCAAUCAAUUACCAUUAGCGAAGAGGCGUGAGCGUGACGAAAAGAGAGCGAAGCAAAACACAACUAAACGAGACAGGACUUGAAUAGGAGGCAGAAAAAAAUCGAAAUAGGCUGCAAGAAGCUGCAGGCCAAUGACAAUUGCAGCGCAUUAAUAUAUAAAUCGUAAAACUACACAGUCCAACAGGAAAAGAAGCUAGGAUUUAGAGCGAUGUAUGCAGGAACAUAUCCACCCAACGCCGGAGGCGUGCAGCAACACACGGGCGGCGGCUACUACGGUAACGGUGCAGCCGGAGGCGCAGGCGGAGGCAACGGACCGCGCCACGAGCGUCCCUUUUAUCCGCGCAACAACUUUGCCGGUGCCGGCGGAGCAGCGGCCAUAAAUGGAGCGGCCGGUGCCGCCGGUAGCAUGCACUUUGGCCAGCCGUACGGCGUAAUGGCCUAUGGCAUCCAGAAUGGCAUGGGCAUUGGAGCCGCAGCCGGAGCUGGAGGCAAUCCCUACCGUCAGCAGAACGGUGUGACCUUUGCCGGCAAUGGACUUGGAGGCGGUGCAGGUGGUAAUGGCGUCGGUGGUUAUGGCGGCCCGCGUGGCAAGAAUCCCAGCUAUGGACAGCGGUACCAGAAGCCGCACAACGGCGGUGGAGGUGGCUACCAAAGUAAUAACUACAAUGCCGCCGCUCUGGGCAUGCUUUCUAAGGAGGAGCGUGCCGAGAUUCAGCGAGAGAAGGCCAAGAAUCCGGGCCGCAAUCUGGUCAAACCGAUUUGGGAGAACCUGGAGCCGUUUCACAAGGACUUUUAUAUUGUACAUCCCAACACCUUGGCCAAGUCCGAGCAGCAGGUGGCCGACAUUCGUCGCGAUUUGGAGAUCACUGUGACUGGGCAGGAGUUACCACAUCCCGUGGUGAGCUUCGAGGAGAGCUCGCUGCCAGCUCAUGUCAUCGAAGAAAUGACGCGCCAGGGCUUCACCAAGCCCACGGCCAUCCAGUCACAGGGCUGGCCCAUCGCCCUCUCUGGUCGCGAUCUGGUCGGCAUCGCCCAGACGGGUUCCGGCAAAACGUUGGCCUACAUGCUGCCAGCCAUUGUGCAUAUUUCCAAGCAGCCGCCCAUAAUGCGCGGCGAGGGACCCAUCGCCCUGGUGCUGGCACCCACACGUGAACUGGCCCAGCAGAUCCAGUCGGUGGUGCGUGAUUAUGGGCAUCUGUGCAAGCCCGAAAUACGUCAUACAUGCAUCUUUGGAGGAUCGUCCAAGGUGCCUCAGGCCCGGGACUUGGAACGCGGCGUUGAGGUGAUAAUCGCCACACCCGGUCGUUUGAUUGACUUUCUAGAGAAUCGGAACACUAACCUUCAGAGAUGCACCUACCUGGUGCUGGACGAGGCGGACCGCAUGCUGGACAUGGGCUUUGAGCCCCAAAUCCGUAAGAUCAUCGAACAGAUUCGCCCGGACCGUCAGGUGGUGAUGUGGUCCGCCACCUGGCCCAAGGAGGUGCAGGCCUUAGCGGGCGAUUUCCUAAACGAUUACAUCCAAAUUAACAUUGGGUCGAUGAGCCUGUCAGCCAAUCACAACAUUCGCCAGAUAGUAGAGAUCUGUACCGAGAUGGAGAAGCCGCAGCGCUUGGUGCGUCUGCUCAAGGAGAUUGCUCCAACCAUCAAUAAUGCGGCCAACAAUGGACAGAAAAUUAUCAUUUUCGUUGAGACCAAGAUUAGGGUUGAGGAGAUAUUACAGAUCAUCCGCACCGAGGGAUACACCGCCACCUCCAUUCACGGCGACAAGACCCAGAAUGAGCGUGAUUCGGUGCUAAAGGAUUUCCGCAACGGCAAGUCGAAUAUUCUGAUUGCCACCGAUGUGGCCUCACGCGGUCUGGACGUUGAGGAUUUGCAGUAUGUGAUUAACUAUGAUUAUCCCAACUCAUCCGAGAAUUAUGUGCAUCGCAUUGGGCGCACGGGACGCUGCCAGCAGCUGGGCACCGCCUACACCCUUUUCACGCCCGACAAUGCCAAGCAGGCGCGUGAGCUGAUCUCAGUGCUGGAGGAGGCGGGUCAGACGCCGUCGCAAGCGCUUUUGGACCUCGCACGCUCAAUGCCAAGCAGCGGAUAUCGCGGCAACAAGCGCUGGAACAACAAUGGGAGCGGUGAUCGCAGCCAUGGCGGUCACAACGGCGUGUAUCAGCAGCGCAAUAGCAAUCCGCUCAACUAUCAGGCGGGAGGCAACGGCGGCGGCGGCUACAAUAACAAUCGAGGGGGACCACCCAACGGCAGUGGCUACCCACAGUAUGCCGCUGGCGGCAAUAACUAUCAGCAGAAUGGAGGUGGUGGCGGUAUGGGCGGCAAUUGGAACCGCAUGAACCAAAUGGGACAGGACGGAAGCAGUGGCGGUGGACAGCAACAUCGCAACGGGAGCACCUAUCGCCCGAGGGCGCCCUUCAACAGUGGCGGACCUCGAGCCAUAAUGGGCCACCAUGGUGGUGGUAAUGGCGGUGGUGCUGGCGGAGCUGCCGGAGUCGGCACCGGACCCCAGCCGCAUAUGGCGCACCAGCAGGGCGGUCAGUAUAUGCCGCAGGCAUAUCGCAGUCGUGGACAAUUUGUGCCCCAAGGCGCCGGAGCUGGGGGCAUGCCGCCGCGCUUCCAACAGUUGCCGAAACGUGACUACCAACAGCCGGGUGUACAGCACUAUCAGCCGCCGCCGCAACAGCAGCAGCAGCAGCAACAGUUGGCUCAGCAGUUGGCCCAACAGCAGCAGCAGCAACAGCCCAAGCCAUCCAAGGAUGAUGGCAGCAACUAUGCACCGCCGCCGCAGCCGGCUGCGGUAACAACACCAUUAGUACACUACACGCCGGCCAAUUCGCCGCCCAUUGCGGCCGUAGCAGCAGCCGCUGCCCGAGCUGCAGCCGUCGCCCCGGCACCACCACCUGGUGCCGCCUACAUGUACGAAGCGGCCGGAGUGCUGACCACAGCAGCGGCUCCGGGCACAAAUCCGUAUGCCAAUCAGUUUAGCAUGCCGGCCACCUAUUAUGCCGCACAGCAUCAGUUCACCCCGGUCGCGGCUGGACCAGCACCCGGGCCGGAGCAGGCCGGACAACUUUAAGGAGGCAACGUUAACAAUGACGGGUGGCGCAAUGGCGCGAUGGCGGACGAUGACUACGACACGGACAAAGAAUAGAUUUACACUCAAAAACACACACACAACACAGCCAAGGAAAGAGUAAUGCAAUUAGAAUGCAUAUGAUAUGAUGAAAAAUAUGAAGAAGAUCGAUUUUGCAAGCAUAAAAGAGCGAACAGUAACACUUUGUUUUCCUUUUAUUUUUUGUACGUGCUUCCUUCCACUACUUGCUACUAUAACUACCUACUUUUGUUAGAAUCCCCUUUGUUGUGUUCUUUUGACGCGCAUUAUAUUGACUUUGACCUAACAUUCUUUUAUUUACUGUUGCUGCUGUUCUUUUGGGGCAAAAACGGCCAACGAAAAUCGAAAUCAAGCGCCAUUACUGCUACGAAUCGGACCGGAGAGCAUGCGCGCGCCCGAGGAAUAGAUCGAAAGCCCGAAACCACUUUGUCCUCAAUGAGGUAAAACACCAAAACAAACAAGAACAACUCGAAAAUGAAAAUUGAAACUAGUUUUUAAGCUUUUCCAAACACCAAACACACACACACACACACAACACAUACAUAUUCUGACAGUUGCAUGUUAUUCGAAUGAUUACAAGGAAUAUUUACCGGUCAGUAGUAUCGGGCGAAACGAGAGAUAUAUAUACAUUUUGUUAACAAACAGACACAUAAGCACACUAUUAGUUAAGUGAUAUUCAUGUGUAUUAGCCAUUACACGAGACACUACACCACCAAUUCGAAAAACUGUUAUAACAAAGUGAAAAAGAAAGCGAGAAAGAAGGGAAAUGAAUACGAGGAAACAAAAAGAAGAACCCCUUUCACUAACUUGGUUGGUAUGAAAUGAACGGUUUGCUUAUAAUAACAACACUCAUCCAAAUAUAUAUGCAUACAAGUCUAUAAUUUUAUUAUUUUUUUUAAUAUUAUAUCCGAAACGGCGACAAAUUUGCAACAAACCAUUACAACAAAGGGAAAAUUGAAGCUCUUACGCGAAAUUCUUACACACAAUUUCAAUUUCAAGUGAAACGCAGCGAGCGGCUGAUCAUAAUAAUACAUAUUUAUCUAUAUAUAUAUAUAUAUAUUGGUUUUUUUUUUCUUUGGCAUUUUGCGCAACACGAGAUACAAAAGAUAGGAGCACAUUUUUUCGAGAAAGGGCAGCGCUGCUUUGGUAGGAAGUAUGUAAAGAAACUAACUGACAAACAAUCGAUGAUAGCCAGACAAUUGAGAACCCACAAACACAACAAAUACACCACAAACCCACACACCAAGCACCACACACAUGCACACACUUUAAAGAUUUAUCAUUUAAUUUCCCAUUUUGAUGCAGAUUCGAGCUUGAUUUAAUGGAGAUUGAAGCGAAAACCCCAAUUUUUUUGAGUAUAACCGUAGGUCCCCUAAACCCCUAGACUAGAGCGGAAAAAACAUCGGUGUUUAUCGAUUCAAAAUCGAUAUUUCCGUACUAAAGAACAUGAAAAACUUGGACUCUUUUUUUUUCCAGCUCUAAGCCUAGACCCUCGAAACUUAACUUAACACAUCAUUCGCAUGAAUUAUAUACAAAAAGGAGGUUUUUUCAAAAGUUCUAUGCAAAUACUUGAAAACUUGAAAUAUAUGUAUAUAUUUAUUAAAUUACAACUACUUUUCAAAUAUUCCAAGUUCAACGUGAAUUGACCAAAGAACAAAGAUUGCAGAAUCAGUUGAAAAGAAUUAUUAAAUCGUAUAAGAAAAAAGCUAAGAAAAUUCAAGAAAGUGAAGAAAAAAGAAAGGACGCCACAUUCAUCCAUAAAAAGAAUCGAAAUGCGAAGAGUCUAAAAAGAAGAACGCACAGAAGGGAAGAAGAAGAACGAACGAAUGAGAAUAAUGCCAAGCAAUGCCACACGAAAAUAAUGAUAAUAAUAAUACAGCAAACAUAAUGCAUACUUCUGACUUUCCAAAAAGAAAGAAAAAAACAAGAAGCUCGUUUUCCCAAUUCCCGCAUAGAUUAUGUUGUAAUUUCUUGUAUUCCUUUUUUCCUUUUAUUAUUAUUACCCUUUGGCCGUUCAGAGAGAAGCAGUAGCGGGCGUAGUAGUAACAUUAACCAAUUGGCAGCUCCACAGUUAUAGCAGUUAUAUAGUUAGCCGUAAAAUCGUAAAAAUCCAUUGUUGAGUGCAAAAAGCCGUGUCGACCGUGUCUGUCUGUCCAAGCCAAGCCAUGUCUAGCAGAAACAGGGUUGUUGUGCUAGCAAGCAGUGGCACGCAGUUGCGUUGUCCUUAAGCAGUACAAAAAAAAAAAUUCGAAACCGACGAUUAAUCGAAAUAGAAAUCGGGAUCGGAUUCUUCGUUUGAAGAAUAAUGGGGGACAUAAUUCUACAGAGGGGUAAACACGAAAAGUAAACACACAAAGCAAAUAGAUGAAAAUCAUGUAGAUUAUAUUUAUAUAUAUAUUUGUUAGCCGAAAAAAAAACACACACAAACUGGGGAGUGAUGGAGGGAACAUUUCUACAAAUUCGUUCAUUCUUUUUUUUUUUUAAUUUUAUUAGUUUUCUAAUAAUUCUUAGCAAAUAUCAAGAUGAAAACAAAGAAAGCUAGGAAAAAGCUUGGGGAUAUUUAUACAUGUAUAUCGUCAACGCAAGGAUCUCUUUGAAGCGAAUUAAACCAAUUAUUGGGGGUCGAAGGGAAGACUAUUUCAAUAUUUUGAUAUUUAUAUAUAUAUGCCUACUGGGCGGCAAACAGCAGGAGGAGGAAGAGGAUAGUCAGGAUCAGGUGGAAAUAGACAAUUUUAGAUUUUCUUUAAUAUGCCAAAUUUAUUCGGGGGUCUUGCAUAAAUCACUAGAGAUUUGAAUUCCCUUAAAAAUGUGUCUGAAAGAAUGCAAUAAAUAUUAUCGAUUACCAAAUUCAGUGUAGAUUCGUUUUUUUUUUACCAAGUAACUUUUUUAAGGGAUUUCAAAGCCCUAGCGAUUUGUAUAGUUGUUUCUUUUGGGGUCCUGGGUUUUGUCAUUUCCUCCUUUGAAUCUCCUCUUAGAGGGUAAACAACCAACUGCAACUGAGUAUUUGUAUUUCUUUAUUUCAUUUGUAUGUACUCUAGAAUUGAAUUGUCAUCUGUCUGACUUGAGAAAGGUGUAAGGUUCUGAUAAUUUUUAUUUUUCUUACUUUUUAAUUAUGAUUUCGAUGCAACCGAAUUGUGAUGAUGUGAUAGACUUAUAUAAACAAACGAAAAUACAAAAGUACUAAUUAAUAACCAAUUUAAAUGAAGUAACGCAGCGGCCUCUCCGACAAAAGGCCAGGCCAAAACUGAUACUGAAACUGAAAAACAAAAACAAAAACAAAAAACUGAAACUGACGCAGAGAGAAACUGCAUCUGGUUCUGAAUCAGUGUCUGGAUCAGAAGAGGAAUAUGAAUAUAUGUUAUGUAUUUGUAUUAUUGUCGUUGUCGUUGUCGCUUAUAUAGACAAUGUCUGAUGGCUAAAAUAUAUGUAUUAUGGAUGACUUGAGGCAUACAUUCUUUUUUUGAAGAAAUAAAACUAUAGUGCGCGAUAUUUGUAUUGUAUUUAUCUAUAAGUUGUGUACACAAGCACACACACUGCGAAACAAACCAAACAACAAACAAACAAACAAAAAAAAAAAAAAGGAAAAACGAAAAAAAAACACGGGAUACACACGAAACCAAAAUGAAACAAAGAAAAUAACGAGAAAAAAAGAGCAAAAGAAGUUGAAACUGAUAAAAAUUUAAGAGUAACUGAAAACCGAAGCCCAAAAAAAAUAUCGAGAAGGGGGAAGCGAUCGCGAUUCGUCGUCCUUUUCGCGUUUUUAAAAGCAAAUCCUUUGUUUAAGUCCCAAUCGAUCGCUCUCUCUCUCUCUCUUUAUAUAUAUCUCUGUCCCUCAAUCCUGUUAUAUAUAUAUACAGCAUAUAUAUAUAUAUAUAGCUUUCCCUGUCUCGCAGUCUCCAAGUCUCGGUGGCUCUUCUUAAACGAUAGAUUUAAAUCGAUAGAAAUUCGCAUAGACAUAUAUAUUUUUGAAAGUAUAGAAAUGCAACUUUUGAAAAAAUGCAACCAAAAAAGGAAAAACGAAAGACUAAAGCCAAAAACAAAGUGAAUUCAAUUGUUAUGAAUCAGAAACAAUAAAACAACACACGUGAGGCUCCACUAAAAUUUUAAAUGGAACACGCAAAAUAAGUGCCGUUAAUCCGAUAGUUUGUAUAGCUGUUUUUUGUUUUCUUUUCUUUUGUGUUCGAGAUCCAAAAAAGGACACCCAUACACACACACAAACAAACUCGUUUUUGGUUUAGUUUUAGUUUUUCUUCUUUGUUUAUUUUUUUUUUGUUUUGUUUUUUGUUCUAAGCCUUUCGUUUCUUAACUAAAAAAUAUAUACAUUGUACAAAUAUGUAUGUAUGUCGUAGGCGAUAAAGUGAAAUGCAUUUACCGUUACAGUGCGCUUCGCACAAGUGCCAAAAAUGCAGAGAAAACAAACACAUGGACACAACCCCCACAUCCACACCGACACCCACGCACCUACACACACACACACACACACACACACACAAACACGCGCCACACACACACACAUUUCUUGUAUGAUGAUACAAACACACGCAAGCGAAAUGAGACAAACAAACAUAUUUACAUACAAAACCUACAAACAAGCAUACUUUUAAGCGCCAAAGUUAGGAGCGGCUUUUGAGGUCCGAUAUCAACCCACAAAACAAAAAAAAAAAAAAAAAAAAAAAAGCGGUUGAAGUAAACAAAGAAGAAGAAAACAAAACGUUAGAACAAAUUAUUAAGACGCAGCAGCCACUGAUCGUAAGUUAUAAGCUAAAUUUGUAUUCGGCCGCAAAUCCAGGAGCAGAAGGAACUUAAACUUAAAAGUAAAAAAGAAAAGUUUAAACCAAAACCCAUUGUGAUAACAGCUGCGUAACGAAACACACGUUAGAAAAACCUUAUGACGAUAGAAAGACGGGAGAAUGUUUUAUUGUCAUUUACUUACAUAUACUUACUUGUAUUUCGAUAGCAAUUCGAUAAGUGCAAAUCUUGAGGGGCGGGCAUCAGGCCCCAUCCCCCCCCCCCACUGAGUCCUAAAUAAUAAAAAUUCAAUCAAAAAGCAAAGCAAGCCAACAAAUUAAUCCAAACUAGUUUUUAAACAACCAACCUCACUUGAAACACACACACAAACACACGUAUUUUAUUGAUUUGAAGAGAAGGAUAAGGAGGAGGAAAACAUGAGAACUUUUCUUGAUUUUCAUUUGUUGUGUUGAUCAAUGCAAAUUUUAGCAAAACAAAAAAAAAACAAAACAAAAACGUUACAAAAGAAUUCAAGAGGAAAACGCAAAUUCUUAGCCAUUUCGAACGAGCGUGCAUUUAGAACCUAACAUCAAAUAUAUUACAAGCGAACCAUUUGAAUAAUUUCUAAUAUUACCAUAGAUCACUAACACAAAUGCAACUGAGGAGUCAGAAUCAGGCGAUGGUGAUGAUGAAGAUGAAGAUAAUGAAGCAGACAGUAAUGUUAAUGCAAAAUGUAAAUGGAAAGAGAAGAGGAAGAAGGAGGAAGAAGCUAAGCAAACGAGUUUCAAUAAAUGUUUGCGGCUUAAGCUUAAGUUAGCACACACACACACACACACAUACACACAAUAUUAUAUUAAUUAUAAAAAAUCCGUAUAUAUACAUAAAUAUAUAUAUAUAGAUAUAUAUAAUAUAUGCAAUUUAAUGCAUAUUUGCACUUCCCCUUUCUCCGUAAAAAAAAAAAACCAAAACAAAAAAAAAAAAACAAUAAAUAAUCAAGCAUCGGAGAACUUGGCAAAAACUAAUGGAGAAACCUAAAUUGUAAUCAAUUUACCUAUCUUAUUUACUACAUAUGUAUACCCAUAAAGAACCCCGUCCCCAUUUGGAAAUCAAACUCCAAAAUCCCUCACCCCAAAAUGUUAAACACGAAACCUAUGAAACGCAUAAAUAUAAUAAAUAUGUAAACGGGCAUGUUUACAAAACAAAAAAGCGAAAUGGAUAUCUUCUAUGUAAUUAAUAAACGCCAACAAAAAUCAAUUUUAAAUCAUUAAAA